AUGUCGCAUGCCCUCCAUCGUUACUUUCACGCCAACGCAAGCGGUUCCACGGGCAGCAACGGCUCCUCUAGCGAUGUCAAGACCAUUGGAGCUCCUUAUGCUCUAGUCACCGGAGCGACGGGGGGCAUGGGCGAAGAGUGGGCUUUGCAACUAGCAGAAUUAGGCUUCAACAUCAUCAUCCAAGGUCGAAAUCGGACAAAGUUGGAAGCAGUCAAGGCUCAGAUCUCCAAGCGACGUGCUGCCGCAUCCUCACGCAACGCCGGCGAUGCGGUCGAUGUACGACUGUUGGUGUGCGAAGCGACAAUUUACCCGAAUGCAGGACUGACGGACGGACUAGCCGCUGUACUUUCAGAUCCUGCUAUUCGACUGACAGUUCUCAUCAACAAUCUUGGUGUCAAUGUAACGCAUUUUCCCAGAUUGGAAGAUACGAAAUCGGAAGAGAUUGCAGAGAUUGUCAUUGCCAACUCCUUCUUCCCGGCAGAGACCGCGAGGAUCUGUCUGCCGCAUUUGAAAAGGCAUCAGCCUGCUUUGCUCGUCACUGUGACGAGCAUCGGCGCUUGGGCCACGCCGCCUUAGUGAGUCCUUUGAGCCCCUGUUGUCUCAAGCCAGAAUGGCCCGCGCUACUCGAACACUCGGCUCAUCCUACUCGCACCCUACCUCCGCUGCUCCGGCUCAGCCUGGCUCCUUACAUCGGAACAAAAGGCUUCGACGUGGCUUUCUCCGACUCUUUGCGCAACGAGCAGAUCUCGGAAGGGACGCAAGUGGAUGUGGUGUGCAUGGCACCGGGUCAAGUGCAAAGUGGAAUGUGCAACGAGCCGGUAGGAUUGAUGGUGAGCACUUGCUCCAGCUUCGUAGCCUCGUGUGCUUCCUUUCGCAUGAGGUCAAAUGCUGAUCGAACCUUGCCACUUUGCCUUCUUCUUUGAUGCAGAUUCCCACGUCCAAAGACUGGGUCACUUCCGCUAUCGCUUCUUUGAGGUCUACGUGGUGGACUCCAGUGCCUGCUGCUGUGAUCGCCCCAUGGACCCCACAUGCGUGGGGCCAGUGGUUCACAGCUCUAGCACCUAGAUGCAUCAUCGGUCCCAUGUCGCGCAACAUCAUCAAGGAUCUCAAAGCCAAAGAGAUGGACGCGAGAAAGGGCUUGUGA